UCCUCCUCCUCCUCCUCCUCCUCCUGCCGGUAACGCCUCCUCCUCCUCCUCCUCCUCCUGCUGGUGACUCCUCCUCCUCCCUCUCUCUCACACUUUAUCCGACUCCUCCCCACCCGGAGUCCUAUUGUAAAGAUGGCGUCCAUUAUGGAGGGGCCGCUCAGCAAGUGGACCAACGUUAUGAAAGGUUGGCAGUACCGCUGGUUCGUUCUGGACUACAACGCCGGCUUGCUGUCAUACUACACGUCAAAGGACAAGAUGAUGCGAGGAUCCAGAAGAGGCUGUGUGCGACUCAGGGGAGCUGUGAUCGGCAUCGAUGACGAGGACGACAGCACAUUCACCAUCACUGUGGACCAGAAGACUUUCCAUUUCCAAGCCCGAGAUGCAGACGAGCGGGAGAAGUGGAUCCACGCCUUAGAGGGAACUAUCCUCCGUCACACCCUCCAACUCCGAGAGGCCGAGACAGGAUUAGUCCCGAGUGUUCAAGACUUCGAUAAGAAGCUAGCUGAAGCAGACGCCUACCUGCAGAUUCUGAUUGACCAGUUAAAGCUGUUUGAUGAGAAGAUCAAGGACUGCAAAGAGGAUGAAUCACGCAGAAAAAUUGAAAUUUUGAAGGAGACUACUUGUAGCAUGGUAGAGUCCAUCAAGCACUGUAUUGUACUGCUGCAAAUCGCCAAGGACCAAAGUAACGAACAGCAACACGCAAACGGACUUAUAAGCACCAUAAACCCAGUCGAUGGGAUCUACCAACCCCCUCUGGACGAACCUGUAGUCAACACCACGAUGCCAACACAGACAACACUACCCACAGACGCUUCUCAGGUGUGUAAAUCAGACCAACGCCCCUCCACGUUACCCGUUGGUCCCGUCGUCACGGUGAUGGGCAGUCUGCAGACCCCAACUCCCAACAGCACAGGGAGUGGCCCGUCAGGCCCCAGCAGCGGCGUCGCCUCCCCGGCUCACAUCCCCCUCCCCUCGCACUCAGUGCCAGACUUCUCCUAUUCCUCCAGCGAGGAUGAGUUCUACGACGCUGACGAGUUCUACCAGAGCAGCACUUCCCCCAAACACUGCAUAGAUCCCUCAGGGCCUCAGGCUGCCUCGCCUCUCAGUAAUGAAGCAGCAGCAUUGAAACGACCGGACACCACCGAGUCCCUCAACUCGUCCAUGUCCAACGGCACCACAGAUGCAGACCCGUUUGACAGCCACGACGACCGCGAUGACGAAGGCGAGGGCGAGUCCGUGGAGGAGCACAAGAGCGUCAUCAUGCAUCUUCUCUCUCAAGUUCGUUUGGGCAUGGACCUCACAAAGGUGGUCCUGCCUACCUUCAUCUUAGAGAGGAGAUCUUUGUUAGAAAUGUACGCAGACUUCUUUGCACAUCCCGACGUAUUUGUAAGUAUCGCUGAGCAGGCGGAGGCCCGGGACCGCAUGGUUCACGUGGUGAAGUGGUACCUGUCAGCUUUCCAUGCGGGUAGGAAAGGUUCAGUGGCCAAGAAACCUUACAACCCGAUCCUGGGAGAAGUCUUCUACUGCCACUGGGAUCUGGCCAGCGAAACAGAGGAGCCUUCCCCAAACACGGAAACGGUAUCAGAAGGUCCGGUACCGUGGUCUUCAACCAACAGUGUGUGUUUUGUGGCAGAGCAGGUCUCUCACCACCCACCCAUUUCUGCAUUCUACGCAGAAUGUUUAAAUAAGAAGAUCCAGUUCAACGCUCACAUCUGGACCAAGUCUAAGUUCUUAGGCAUGUCCAUAGGUGUCCACAAUAUUGGCCAAGGUUGUGUGUCGUGUUUGGAGCACGAUGAACAUUACAUCCUCACCUUCCCGAACGGAUACGGCAGGUCGAUUCUGACCGUGCCGUGGGUGGAGCUGGGUGGCGAGUGCAACAUCUCCUGCUCAAAGUCGGGCUACAGCGCUAACAUCGUGUUCCACACCAAACCCUUCUACGGAGGAAAGAAGCACAGGAUCACUGCUGAGAUUUUUCCACCUAAUGAUAAGAAGUCUUUCUGCUCCAUUGAGGGAGAAUGGAACGGAGUGAUGUAUGCCAAGUGGUCAUCUGGAGAGAACACAGCAUUCAUAGACACUAGGAGGAUAGGCAUCAUUAAGAAGAAAGUGAGAAAGCUGGAAGACCAGCUCGACUACGAGUCCCGAAGAUUGUGGAGAGAUGUGACGUUGAACCUGAAGCUGAAAGACAUCGACUCGGCAACAGAAGCCAAACACCGGCUGGAGGAGAAACAGAGAGCUGAAGCCAGAGAGAGGAAGGAGAACGAGCAGCAGUGGGAGACCAGGCUAUUCCACGAGGACGGGGAGUGCUGGGUCUACGACGAGCCUCUAUUAAAGAGAUUAGUCUCUCAGAGGCAAUGAGGAGACUACGCACACUCUGAUACACACACCAUACAUAAUAUGCAUAAUGAAAUGCACACACAACAGAGUCUUCAUAAGAACUCUUUUGCAAAAACCACUUCUUUUCCAAGCCUUGGAAUGACUGAUGAUCGAAUAUGUACACAGCUUUGCAUUUGACUGUAAAACAACAAUAUGGAAAAUGAAUGAAAUCAAAUGGAAAAGCAUCUUAAGAUGUAACAUGAGAACUAGUAAAGCUCCUCUCUCUUAUUUGGGCAAAGUCACUUCCACCGCCACCAAUAACCCACCACCCGCCAACACGAGACUCGGCAGCGCAGAGCGGAGACGGGAGGAUCGGCGCGUCUCUCAACUCUGUCCCGACAGCUUCACGUCCGCGCUCUUCAUCAGCUCCACAGGACGAGCCAGACCCCGACACAAAUAUGUUUUUUUUUCGGGAGGGGGCAAAGGGUGUGUGGUUGAUGGUGUUCAAAUCUUGACAAACAAAACGGCGCUCUACAUCUCAGGGAAUCUGGUGACUGAGGAAAGAAAGCUGCUGCCCCCUCCGAGAGUCUGACAGCCUUAUAACGGUGGACGGGAUGAAUCUUAAAGGGGUGAGGGGAGGAGAAAUCCUCCUCUUUGCCUGCAACUAGUUGUACCUGUUGUUUAUAUAUAGAUAUACAUAUGAUGGAUAUAUAAAUAUAUAUUCUUUUUUUAUUUUCAAUGCUCUUUUUGUUUAUUUUUUUCUUUCUGGCAAUAGUGUAAAAUAUUUGAGGAUAUGAACUUGAUGGCUUUAGGAAUCAUUCCAUUUUCCUUUUUUGGCGUUCCCAUUUCAAGUUGACUUCGCCGCCUCUUUCACACUGUCCUGUGUCUCAAGUGUUAUCCGGAAGCAAAGCCCUACAUAAGCCAUAGCAUCUGAACUCACUGAUUGGAGGAGUUGUGAUAGAUUUGUGGAAUAUAUGCAAUAUAGAGAAAUCACUGACUGUCAAAGGACAAAUUUGGGUGUCCGCUAUGCCAAAAAAGAGGUUCAGAUAAAAGGCUGAAGGGACUUUCAUCUGGACAGAGAACAAACAAUCCUCUGAAAAAUCCAUCUUACCUGAAGGCAUUUAUGAACAAAUGAUUGUUUACAUAUUUUUGUCUUUCUGGAUCGCUGGUUCAUGACGAGGAGGCAAGGACCGAGUCUCCCUUUUUGUCCCGGUUUCCUCUCCGAACCCACAGAUGUCAGAGUGGAUCACCUCGAUGGUUCACGUGUUGUCAGAGGGCGAGGAGAGCGAAAACGAGGAACCAGAGUAGACUUUUGAAACACUGCUGCUGUUUCAUAGUGUCCAGACUGUUCAACCGGUUUCAGUUUUCAUGUAUCAUCAUUUUCUUUUUGUCCUAUGUUUUUUCGAGUGAACCAGAUGGAGGGCAAUAUUUAUCCUACUGUACACCUCUGCUUUCUUAAAUCCAUCAUUCAUUCUCUUAUUUACAGCUACAUAGGUUGGAUCUAAAUGAUAUUUGGAUGAAAUAAAAGAACAAUUUUCACCUGAAAACGCACAAGAAUAUCUCUCAAUACUGUAGCGAGCUCACAACAGUCCCUUUCAAGAUUUGAUUAUUGUCUGCUGUAGAUAUUUGUCCUGUAUGAAUCUAAUUGAUUUAAAUUAAUAUUAAAAGUCCUUCUUAGGUGAAGGGAUCUAUAAAGACAAACAUAUUCCUGGUGCUGUAUGCAGAUCAAGUGAACAACUUGGUAAAAAUCUUGAUGCCUGUAGUUGCAGCUGUUGAAUUUAAUCCUCCUCUAAAGCAUACAAGCCAAAUGAAAUUCAGCGUCCAAGCUAAAAUUUGUUCGUUUUUAGUUUGUUUAGUUUUUUUUUCCUCCAUGUUAUGUCUUUGUAAAUUAUAUUGAAUCGAGGCCUUGCCAUACAUUUCAGUAUCACUCAGUAUCGCCUGAUAGAGAGCAAUCAAAAUGUAUUUUUUAUUUCAUUUUGAUCAUAACCAUUGAUUGUAUCAGAUUUUCCUGUUUAUUGAUGCAUAAUAUUAAAUCUCCAUGAGUUUA